AUGUCCAUGGAUCCUCCUCCGCCACCAGCUGUGGUAGCUGCUUCUGGCGAUGCUGCUGCUGCUGAUGCGCCUGCGCCAAAGGCAGCUCGCAGCGGAAGCUUCUCUUCGCAAAAGUCCAGCGACUCUCAGACUGCUGCGGAGUUCAUCCGCGAUCAGAUGCAGCUCGAGGCUGAUGCGCGUGAAGCUCUUCCAUACAGUAUCGAGAACUGCACCAACAUUCUUGGCUCCCUCCGCCAGAGUGUCUUCGCCUGCCUGACCUGCAACCCUCCUCCCGCGAACCCGAAGGAUCCCUACGAUGGAGCUGGUGUUUGUUACGCGUGCUCGGUACAAUGCCACGGGGAACAUACACUCGUCGAGAUUUUCACCAAGAGAAAUUUCACUUGCGACUGCGGCACGACACGGUACCCUGCGACCAGCCCGUGCAACCUGAGAGUGAACUCCACAACAAACACCAAGGGUGGUGUGCAUUCCGAGGAGCCAGCUGCGAACAACAAGUACAACCAGAACUUUAGGAACAGAUUCUGCGCGUGCGAGUGCGACUACGAUCCCUUCCAGCAGAAGGGCACCAUGUUUCAGUGCUUGGGCUUGGGAACAGCCGAGACAGGCGGUUGCGGCGAGGACUGGUAUCAUCCCGGCUGCCUCGUUGGCAUGGGCCCAGCCUGGUUUGAGGGUAUGAAGAAAGAAAAGAAGACCACUAUCGAAGGAAAGGAAAAGGCUAUCGAGAACACCACCUUGCCUGCAAUCGCCGAAGACGCGGAAGCACCAUCAGCAGGAAGCAAUCCGACGGCCGAUACCAAGGAAGAGGAAGACGACGAUGAUGACGUGCCCAUGCCGCCCGGAUUCCCUGGGGAGGAUGAUUUCGAGGCCUUCCUGUGUUACAAGUGCGUCAAUUCCAACCCGUGGAUCAAGAAGUACGCGGGUGCGAAAGGAUUCCUGCCUGCUGUUUUCUCCCGCCAGCAGGACGGGAACCCGGCGAACCAAGAGGAAUCGUCAACCAAGCGGAAGGCAGAGGAUGACGGUGCCGAACCGGAGGCUAAGAGACUCAAGAGUGACCCGGAGGUUGCUGAGAAGGAGCCUGCCACUACAGAGCCGGAGACGAAGACGGAGACAACCGAAGCAUCUGCGUGCAAGUGGAGUGCGUUACCAUCGCCACCGAAAGAGGAAUUCUCACUCUUUUUCAAAGAGGACUUCCGCAACCAUAUCUGUCGAUGCUCGUCUUGCUACCUCAAACUGGAUUCGCAUCCGCAGCUUCUUGAAGAGGAAGAGACUUACGAACCGCCCCUUUCUGAUGGCGGUGAAUCGGAGCAUGGAGGCUCGACCAAUGGCAGCGGAAGCCUUCUGGAGCGAGGUGAGAGUGCUCUGCGCAACGUCGAUCGCGUCCGCGCGAUCGAGGGUGUCAUGGCGUACAAUCAUCUCAAGGAUCAGCUGAAGCCCUUCUUCCAGAAAUUUGCGGAGAGCGGUCAGGCGAUUGGCGCCGAGGACAUCAAGUCCUAUUUCGCCAAACUUAGAGGUGAUGAGCAAGCCAUCAAGGAUGCGGGAGACGCGGCCACCAACUCCAAAGAUGAUGAGGAUGGCCACCGCCGAGAGCAGAGCGGGUACUAA